AUGUCAAGCCAGCUGAGCGUUUUCAUUUUAUAUCUGCGAAGGUUUGCUGAAGAAGGAGAAAUGAAUCACGGAAGCAGUUCAAAUGAAUCAUCAGAUGAUGGUGGAGCUGAUGGAUACUACUGGGAGGAAACCAUUACAUCAGGCUACACUGCAAGCCGAAAUGUUCUUCAUAUUCCAAGGAGAGUCUGUAGGUCCUGUAGCUUUUUCUCUUCAAUGAUAGAAUUGUGUGAUUAUGAUACAGGACUUACACAUGAUUGCAUCAUCCAGAGUGAAACUCUUGACGGUGUAGAGUAUCUGUAUAUAGGGGAGGGGUGGUACCAAUUUGCAAGGAAGAAAGUAUUCAGGAGAGGUGAUCGGGUAGGUUUUACCGUUUCACUGGUUCCUAAUAGGUUGUACGUGAAAUUGUUGAAUCGUUGA